AUGGUAACCCGGUGGGCCGGCGAUUUCGAGCUACGUCUUUUGCUGAGGACGUUUCUAUCGCUUCUCAUUUAUCUUUUCCCAUCACCCGUUUUGUCAGCGCUUCGAAAAACUCAUCCAAUUGAGCUAACAAUCAAUUCCGGGAGUAUACGAGGAGAAAAUUUGGUGAUCAGCGGGAACGAUUACGCCAUUUUCAAAGGUGUUCCCUAUGCAGCGCCACCAGUGGGAGCGCUUCGUUUUGCUAAACCCCAACCACCAGCAAUAUGGCGGGGUUUCAUGAACGCCACCCAGUACUCGGCGAUGUGCGUUCAGAGAACCGAGGGUCGACCCACCGAUCCAGAAAGACACACCGCACAUUUUUCCGAAGAUUGCCUCUACCUCAACAUUUAUGCUCCGACAAGAUAUUUCAAUGAUACAUAUCCUGUGAUUGUUUUCAUUCACGGCGGAAAUUUCCAGACAGGCGGCGGAAAUGAUUAUUCACAACAGGCGAUUCUGGAAAAUUUCGUGAGCCGGAAGAUUCUUUUUGUUACUUUCAAUUAUCGAUUAGGUCCUUUUGGAUUUCUCUCAACGGGUGAAAAAGAGGCGCCAGGCAAUUUGGGACUUCACGACCAGAUUUUGGCCCUCAAAUGGGUAAAACAAAACGCCGAUGUUUUCGGUGGCGAUCCGGACAAUGUUUUGUUGAUGGGCGAGGGGAGUGGAGCCGCGUCGGCAUCUAUUCUUGCAUUGUCACCGAUUGCUGAGGGUCUCUUUCAUCGAAUAUUAUUGUUAUCGGGGACAGCUGUCUCUCCUGGAAUGGUCCGUGAUACAGCCAUUAAAGCAACUGAAGAACUCGACAAGAAGCUUCAGUGUCGAUCGUUCAAUUCCUCAGAGCUGCUCGAUUGUUGGAGGAAAAAGAUGAAGGAGGAGAUUCUCAAUGCUGAUGAUCACUUUUUCGAUGAUUACGAUGAGUUUGUGCCGAUCGUUGAUGGAGUUGGCGGGGUGAUUCCGGAAGCUCCCGAAUUGUUGGCUACUUAUCGCCGAAAAGUGCCGAUCAUGUUGGGAACAACGAAAGAUGAGAGUUCGUUGAGAAUAGUGAUUUUAAACGAGAAAAACGUGAAUUUCACGGCGUUGACAACGGAGGUGGCUGAGAGAUUGGCCGACAAUCUCACAACUGGAUAUCAUCAAUUGCAAAAUCAUGGCUUGGUGGCUAAUGGUUGCAAGCAGGAGUACAUCUGGACAAAAGUCGAUCCAAGUAUGGACUCUGAAGUUCUCUUCAACUCAACUUUAAGGAUGUUUUCACAUUUCUGGUAUGAUGCACCAGCGACAAGAUUGGCUGCCGAGUACGCGAAAGCUGAACAACCCGUUUAUCUCUACUCUUUCGAUCAUAUUUCAGAGAAUUUCUAUCACAAGCGAGCCUUUCACGGAGUUGAUGUGAUUCAUUUGUUCAACUUGGAACCUCGCUUCUUAAAUCGACGAAAAGAUAUGAACUGGCAAUUGGAUCAACGAGUUAUUGAGAUCUUCUCUGAGCUUGUUGCGAAUUUUGCGAGAUUUGGGAAUCCAACUCCGGAGAACUCGGGUUUCGCCUUUAAUUGGACUCAAGUCGAGAUGGAGGAGCUUAACUAUUUGUCGAUCACUGACACGCCAACUAUGGAGGUGGGUUUCCGAUGGUCUGGUCACAUGUUUUGGAACACGUAUGCUCGGACACUUGAUGUUGUUGAUAUCGGCAAUAUGAAACAGAUUGCGAGUCUUGAGAAGAAACUCGCCGAUUUUCAGUUAGCCACUUGGAUGUUACUGUGCUGUUCCGGGUUUUUCUUCACAAUUCUCGUUGGUUUGGCUUGUUAUUGUACAAGAAAGGAAUCGGAUGAGGACGAGAUA